CCGCCGCCAAACGCUCUCUUUCCAACCGCUCCUUCCCUCCCUCCCUGCCAUCCCUCGCUCCCUGCCAUCCCUCCCUCCCUGCCAUCCCUCCUCCCCUCUCCAAACCCCGCCGACUUUCCUUCCCCUCCAAACGCGCCCUUCGCAAACCACCCCCUCCUUCCCCGGGCCACGCCCCUUCCGUUGACCCCGCCCCCUCAGGCCCCGCCCCGCCCCUCCCUCGCGCCGUUCCCGCCAUGCCGCACGCGCGGAAGGGGCGCGGCUGAGGCGGCGGUGCCGCCCCUUCCGUGAGGGCGGCGAGGCGGAGGAGCAAGAUGGCGGCGGCGGCCGUGCUGGAGCUGCAGCGCGCGCGGUCCCUGCUCUCCACCGACCGCGAGGCCUCCAUCGCCAUCCUGCACUCCAUCGUGAAACGUGAGGUCUAUGAGGACGAUGAGGAAGCAGUGCAGGUCAAGGAGCAGAGCAUCCUGGAGCUGGCAUCACUACUGGCCCAGACUGGGCAGGCAGAAGAGCUGGGAGGACUCCUGAAGUAUAUCCGGCCCUUCUUGAACAUCAUCAGCAAAGCCAAGGCCGCCCAUAUAGUGCGGGUCCUGCUCGACCUGCUCCUUAACAUGGAGGCAGCCACAGGACAGGAGGUGGACCUGUGUUUAGAGUGUAUUGAAUGGGCCAAAUUAGAGAAGAGGACUUUCCUACGCCAGGCUCUGGAGGCCAGGCUGGUCUCUCUCUACUUCGACAACAAGAAGUACCAAGAAGCUUUGCAACUAGGCUCCCAGCUCCUGCGGGAAUUGAAGAAGAUGGAUGACAAGGCACUGCUGGUGGAAGUGCAGCUGUUGGAGAGCAAGACUUACCAUGCCCUGAGCAACCUGCCAAAAGCAAGAGCAGCCUUAACCUCGGCACGGACCACGGCCAAUGCCAUCUACUGUCCCCCCAAGCUGCAGGCAGCGCUGGACAUGCAGUCAGGUAUUAUCCAUGCAGCAGAAGAGAAGGACUGGAAAACAGCCUAUUCAUAUUUCUAUGAGGCAUUUGAGGGAAAUGAUUCAAUUGACAACCCCAAAGCCAUCAUUGCACUGAAGUACAUGUUGCUGUGCAAAAUCAUGCUGAACAGCCCAGAAGAUGUGCAAGCAUUAGUGAGUGGGAAGCUUGCUCUGCGGUAUGCAGGAAGACAGACAGAAGCACUAAAAUGCGUGGCACAGGCCAGCAAGAACCGGUCGCUGGCAGAUUUUGAAAAGGCCCUGACAGACUAUAAGGUGGAGCUCAGGGACGACCCCAUCAUAAACACUCACUUGGCCAAGCUCUAUGAUAAUUUAUUGGAACAGAACCUGAUCAGAGUUAUUGAACCCUUCUCCAGAGUACAGAUUGAACACAUAUCCAGCCUCAUCAAGCUCUCAAAGGCUGAGGUAGAAAGGAAGCUAUCACAGAUGAUCUUGGACAAGAAGUUUCAUGGAAUCCUCGACCAGGGCGAGGGCGUCCUGAUCAUCUUCGACGAACCCCCCGUAGACAAAACUUACGAGGCCGCCCUCGAGACGAUCCAGAACAUGAGCAAAGUAGUGGAUUCGCUCUACAACAAAGCCAAGAAGUUGACAUAGAGUUGAAUUUGCUAGCUGUCAUUUGGAGAGUGUGUGUGACAGGAGAGUGAAACCUUUGGGAAAAUGUUAGGAGACUUUUUUUUUUUUUUUUUUCUUCUUCUUCGUUCUACUUUUCGCUCGGAAAGUUUUUAAACUUCCUCAUCCGGUGCAUCUUGUAUUCCAGACGAUGCGUGUUCCACUUUCCAUGUAAUCUUUACUGGCCGAACUUUGUAUCUGGGGGGGGGGAAUAUUGUUUAAACAAAGAGGGUAUUCUAAAUAAAAGGAAAAAGGCUUACACUACCUAAACAUGUGCUUUCCACUUCCUGAGGGACGGCAGAGUUCAGCAGGGACAGCGUUUUGUUACCAGUAGGUGCCCAAAUCCAGUUUGUUUCCUCUCCUCCACCCUGAAACCAGAGCUGUGCUGGUGGAGCACGAGCAGCCAACUCGAUUCCAUUUGUACUGAACCAAACCAACCCAAAAUGUACAGACUGCUGGUUUGUUUUUCAAGCCUCAAGGCCUCAGCCCCCCCGGGAAGCAGCUCCGGGGAGGUUUUCCUGCAGGACGGAGCUGUCGGGGUCCCCCCGGCCCCGCUCUGGGCGGAGGGGCCGGCGCAGGUUCCCCUGAGCCUGACUUUGCAUGCUCUUGUUUGCAGAUAGACUAGGUUUUAAAUGUUUUCUCCCUCCCCACCUGCACUGGUAGGAAGAGCAGGUGACCCUGACUGUCCACAUUUACUCUGCUGCAUCAGUGUUUGGUUUUUGUUCCCCAUCCGAUGUGGGACGGCUUGGCCCUCUGGAAUAGCCCAGUGCAGCUCGCUGGGAGCUUCCUCCUUAGUCCCAGAGUCAUGUGGGGGGUGGAGCACGGUGUAUUCCAGCAUGUUCCAUUUUCUGGUGAGGUUUCCAGUAGGUUUUAAUGCCAUUUGGGCAGUGUAAGCUUCUGCAUCCCUGUCCUGCUCAUCUUUAUUUCUCCUUUCUCCUCUGUCUCUUUUUCCCUCUCCAUGUUUUUCUUACAAAAUUUAUAUUUUGUAAAAGGAUUCUGUUUUAUCAGGAAAUACUCUGCCUUCAUGCUGACUCUUAGACUGGCUGAUUUUUCCCUUUUCUGUUCACAUUUUGACCUCUCUGACCUUAUAUUUUAUUUUAUUUUAUUAUUUUUAAUUUCCAUCUCCUCCAGUCAGUCGCUGUUUGGGGUUUUGGCACCAUCAAUAUCAAAUGUACAAACGGUUCUUGCUAACCAACACCAGGUAUAUCUGAUGUUCAGAUGAGUUCCAAUAAAGAAUUUUUUUUUCAAAAA